AUGCCACAGUCGUAUUCUCCGUCGCGCCACUCCCACUACAGCAUAGCUUCCAGGAGGCGGCCGCGGCGGAGGCUGGAUGGAUCUCGUAUUCUGGCGCCGUCGACGCUGGGGCCGUUGACCGCCGGCGCUUCGCCCGAGUAUCCUCGCCUUCAACAAAAAGGCACCGGCGAGGGGGGCGGCGGGACAGGGGAGCAGGGUACCGGCGGGGGAGGCGUGGGCGGCGGGCCGUGCGUGCGCGCACGCCGGAGGUCACGCCCGCGCCAGCGCGCAUGCGCCGCGGCCCGCCACCGGGUCACGGCCUCCGCCUCCGCCGACCCCGCGACCGCCGCAGCUGCCCCAAACGAGCGUGCCAACGUGUUAAAUGUUAAGGCUGGCAAGCACGGGACACGGCCCACUGCACCUCGCAGCCCAAGUCCACCCUUCUCACGAUCACCAUAA